UUCACUUUAAAACGUGACUGUUUGGUUUUGAAUUCAUUUAUAAAACUUGUAUUUUGGCAGCUGUCUUAUCAUUGUAGUGUAGUUACGGUUUUUUCAGUUUAUUGAAAUGCAUGACGCACCAGCAUUGCGGAUAUUUCAACGUGCUCGAAUAUGAACAGUUUGAGCACGUUCGUCGACGCAUGUGUAACAGAAAUCUGAAAAUGUGGAUACUGAAUAUCAUUAUUUGCCUGUUUUAUCUUCAACCUUCCAUCGGAGAACUUAAACAAGUACAAACGAUAUUUAGACAUGGAAAUAGAACACCUACCAAUGGCACGAAUGUAUAUCCCAAUGAUCCUUACGUUAAUGAAACAUAUGAGCCAGACGGACUCGGAGCUUUGACGAACGAUGGAAAAAGGUUAGCGUACAAACUUGGCCAAUAUUUUCGAGACAGAUACGACGAUUUUUUGGGGCCAUUUUACUCGAAGAAGAUCAUUCAGUUUUACUCUAGUGAAGUAGACCGAGUUAUAAUGACUGGAGAACUUGUGGCAGCUGGAUUAUAUCCUGCUGUGGGAUUACAAAGGUGGAAUAUUGAUUUAAACUGGCAGCCCGUACCCGUAUGGCCAAUCCCAGCGGCGUACAAUAUUUAUGGUGGGAUAUUUUGUAAAGGUUUUAAGAAAAUGGUAUCGAAUGUAGAACAAACGGAUGAAGGUGUAAAACGUUAUAUAAAAGAGAACAAAGAUAUUUAUGAAUACUUAUCUCAACAUACGGGUGCUAACAUCACACAAGACAAAGUAUUUAAUUUACGUCAAAUAUUGUUUGCACAGAGGGAUAUCGGCUUAGAAUUACCCGAAUGGACAAAGCCAGUAUUUCCUGAUGGUAAAUUGGACGAACUUGCUGCAUCUGAUAUUAUUAUUCGAAGUCGUACUACUAAAUUAAAGCAACUAACAGGUGGUAUAUGGAUCAAAGAAUUGCUAAAGAAUGUCGAUAACUACAUAAACAAUUCUGAUACAAGGAAAGCAUUUAUGUAUGCUGCCCACGAGUUAAAUAUUGCUUACCUUCUUGCAGCUUUGGAUAAUUUUGAUAAUCAAAUUCCUUAUUACUGUAACAGUAUUAUUUUUGAAUUACAUGAAGAGGAUAAUGAGUAUUAUGUUCAGAUAUUUUAUAAAAAUAAAGACAACCUUCGAACGUUACAAAUACCUGGAUGCGAUGACAAACUGUGCCCAUUGGAUCACUUCAGAAAAUUUGUACAACCCGUAAUACCUCAAGAUAUGAUAACAUUAUGUGAAAGUGAAAAUUAAAAUUAAUAAAAUAAUUA